AUGGCCUACGUCGUCGGUCUGGGCUGUUGUAUGACCGAACGACGUGCCCAGCCGGCGUCCCGGUCCUGGUGCCCACUCGAGCAGAUCAAAACCAACGACAUAAACUGGAGUACCUCGACGCUGGGGAUUGAAACAGAGAGGACCUUCCGCACCGAAGCCGUCCGCUCCGACCCGCCUAGGCCACCGGACAUUCGAGAUAUCCCCCUCUCGUCCAUUGAGUUCUACGCCCCAUCGACGGCACCGACACCUCCACCUCCCGUGGCACGCCCACAGUCCCGGUCACGUCCUUGGCGGGAGAAGAGACGAGGACGCAUCGACAGCAGCAGCCCCGUCGUCACCAUCACGGAUCAUGAUAUCGCUACAGGCACAGGCACGACGCCGUCGACGGGCGAAUGCCAGCGCGAGAGGAAAGAAUGCCGCUUUCGACGACAGCACAGGGACAACGAAAGAGAGACAGAGACUGUCGGGACAGUCCAGGCCUGGAGCCAGGUCGAUCCCCUGUACGGCAUGUAUCAGCGCGAGCACCGGGUCCAGCGGGACAGACAGGCCCAGACAGGGGGAAGAGGUCGGUACGUCGACAUUCGGGCCUUUGACUUUAUGAGUUACGGAGGGUGGAUCGUGAUAUGA